UUCCAGUCUCACAUCGCCUGCCGCGGAAAGACAGUGCGAGGAGAGCCCAUAUAACACUGCGGGUCUCUGAAUAUGAGCCCAAACAAAUCUUCCGCUCCUCCCACCACAAAUGCACCUCUUUUCGUCCAGCGACCGCCGCGCGCGCCGCCUGUCCGUGCCCAUCGAGUCGCAGGCGGAGCUUGACCUGCUCGAACGCAUGCGGCAACGGCGCAGACACUCCAUCGCCGUCUCAGGAGUCCCUUCCGGAGGCCACACCGCUUCCAAACCCGGCGAACGGGCCGAUCCCGCGCCCACACUCGCGCCUCAGACUCUGCCAACUGAAACACAGCGCCGGUCCAGCCUCGUUGCGGGGCUUGCGGAGAACGGGCCAGCGUCCAUCGUCACAUCGGAGGGACCACCCACGGAGAAAGAUUCGAUUCGGAAGAAGGACCAUGGGGGGGCGCGGAGGCGGAGCUGGGUCGCCCUGCUGCGCACGAAGGCUGGCAUUAAUUGAUGGCGCGCUCGGGUAUUGUGACUUCAUUUUGGCGGCUCGUGAUGAAUUUCCUGUCAUACUUUAUCUGCACGAUCCUCCCGUACUAUGCGAAUAACUCG